AUGGCAUUGGGUGUGAAGGAGAGCGUAAGUGGCAAAUUGUUUCGACUGACGACCGAUGGACGCGAAGAGCGCGUAUGUGGUGGUAAAGGAUCUGUGUAUCUGAGUGGAUCUAAGGUAGCGCUGCGUUGCUGCGGCAAGACGAGUAUUGUGGCUACACGACAGACGAAGCAGAGCAUCCUUCGGCAUGGUGACGUGAUGUUAUUGGGCCUCCGUGACACUUUUUACGCCAAUGGGACGCUCACAAAAUACGAAGUAGUGGAUACCGAUGUCGUACCGUCUCAAGUGGCGCUGCACGUGCUGCCAACACGCGUCCCGAGCAUUACAAUGAGCUCAUCUGCUUCGAAUCGGCAUAAAAACAAUCGAGUUCUUGCAGAUUCAAGCACACGACGUGUGUCUUCAUUCUUUGCACGACCACAAGCUGAGUUAAGUACGAAAAAACAGGAGAAUCAGGGGGUACACGAGGUGGAAAUUGAAGAUGCUACAGCGUCCAGUACAGCAGAAGACGCUGAAGACGAGGAGGAAGUGACUAUUGCUAAGAGACGGCGGAAUAAACGGACACGAGCAAUUGUGGAAUCCGAUGAUGAAGCAGAUACAAAAGACGUGGACAAUUUGCAGCACUUGACGGUGGACUCGGACAUGUCGUCACCUCGACAAGACGACGAUGUCUUUGAGAAAGAGCUGGAGAGCUCGACGUCAGCUGCGAAGGACUGGAUGGCGGCUUUUGGACGCAAUUUAAGCAAGAAAAACAAGUCAGACAAGGCUCGGACGGGUUUGGAUGGAUGGCGUAGUCGUGCAGAUGAAUUCACGAGCAAGAAAAAAAUAAAACCUGGUUCAGGAAGGAGGUACAUCGAUGAAGACAGGAAUGAUUAUGGCGGUGACUCUGAUGAAGACGAGCAUUAUUCUCGAUCUCAUGAUGAAGUUGGUCAGCUACUAGAAGAGUGUGAAGGGAUUGCUUGGAAACUACGUCAGUCGGUGCAGAAUUGGUCGGGUAAUGCGACCAAAUCGACGCCGUCGAGUCCCCCGACGUCGUCUGCGGAUGCUACAGAUGAAGAGGUGGCGACACACAUGUCGCUGGCAACGAUUAAUGGCGGAGAUCGACGCGUGAUUACGCAGGCCGAUAUCCCGGAUAUUUGCGAGACGCUCGAGCUGAAGCCAUACCAAGUGGUUGGAGUCAACUGGCUGCUGCUGCUUCAUGAAAAUAAGGUAUCUGGCGUUCUGGCGGAUGAAAUGGGCCUUGGCAAAACCGUACAAACGAUUGCGUUCUUGCUGCUUCUCAAAUCGCUGGAGCAGUCGGACGACCGGGCGGUUGGACCUCAUCUCAUCGUUGUACCUGCAAGUGUGCUGAAUAACUGGACACGAGAGUUUGCGUGGAUUGCACCGAAGCUACGCAUUGUCACAUAUCAUGGAUCGAAGGACCAUCGUCGUGAAUUGGAAAACACUCUCGACAGCAACGAUUUUGAAAUUAUGCUCACGACUUACGCUUACUUUGAGCGCGAUACUUGCCAAGAGGAGCGCGCAUUUUUGCGAAGCUUCCAUUUUGGCUAUAUGAUAUUAGAUGAAGGCCACAGUAUCAAGAACUCAAACACGUCGCGGUUCAAGCGGAUUACCGCACUGCGCGCACGGACCCGAUUAGUUCUGAGCGGCACUCCAAUCCAGAAUAAGCUUAAUGAACUGCUGACAAUGCUGAGCUUUCUCAUGCCACGCAUGUUCGAUCACGGUUCGGACGAGCUGUUGAGCUUUUUUGACGGCAGCGAAGAGAAGAAAUGCGAGAAAGUGCGUAAAAUCCUGGCGCCAUUUAUUCUUCGGCGAGAAAAGAAAUACGUGCUGAGUCAGCUAGUACCAAAGAUUGUCUCGGUCGAGCUCGUCAAGGUGGGCGAUGAUCAACAUGAAGCAUACACCGACUUGCUCAAAAGCGUCAUCGAACGAAGAGAGGCACAAGCGGCUGUGAAAGCUGCAGCAAAGGAACACAAGAAAAACAAGGGCAAGGAACACAAAGCUGAUCGUAAAUUACGAGAAUUAUUGGGCUCGUAUGCCCCGCCACCUGGAGGUGAGCCUAGCGCGAUGUCUAUCUUUACGCAAUUGCGCAAGGCUGCAAAUCACCCAGUUUUACUGCGCAGGCAUUUUGUUUCUGAUGAAGUGUUGGAGACUAUGAGUAGAUGUCUGCAUCGAGCAGAGGCCUUCGGCAACCAAUGCUCCAUGAGCAGAGUCCGCCAGGAGCUUGAGUCCUACAGCGACUUUGAACUGCAUGAUCUUUGUGUACAGUACGAAGCGAUCGAUGACUUACGGCAGCUGCAGUUGCCUAUGGAAACACUGCUGGCAUCUGCCAAAUUUGCGUUUUUGCGAAAAUUACUCCCCAACCUACAGAAAGAGGGCCACCGUGUUUUAAUUUUUUCGCAAUGGACGAAACUGUUGGAUCUGUUGGAAGUUCUCAUGGGCCACAUGGGUUACCGCUAUUUGCGGCUUGAUGGGUCUACCGAUGUCCAAAGCCGACAGGGACUCAUCGAUACGUACAACGAAGACAAAGACAUCUUCGUCUUUUUGUUGUCUACACGUGCGGGUGGGCUCGGUAUCAACCUUACUGCCGCAGAUACUGUGAUACUGCAUGAUCUGGAUUUCAACCCGACCGCCGACGAGCAAGCAUGCGACCGCUGUCAUCGAAUUGGCCAGACUAAGCCAGUGUCUAUCUAUAAGCUUGUGUCGGAAAAUACAGUUGACCACGACAUUUACAAACUUGGCGAGUCCAAGACGGAACUCAAUCACAAGAUUUUGGACAAGCUCAACGCCCACGGCGAUGGCAGAAAGAAGACAAAGAGGUCGGAAGCAGUAACAGUUGAAAUGAUGCUGGCAUCCGUCAUCUUGGACUACAAGAGUGCUCAAAUGGGAUGUUGA